AUGUCCGAAUUCACAAUCCCCUCCCGCGGGAUCGUCUCCUACUCCCAACACGACUGGCAACUCACCGACCUCCUCACCCGCGCCCCCUUCCCCGACGAAUUUCUCGUCGAAAUGAUCGCAACGGGAAUCUGCCACACCGACAUUGCAGGUUUUGGAGGGAUUUAUCCUCGUGUAUAUGGUCACGAAGGUGAGCCGCAUCAAGCCCGCUCGUCCUCUCCAUCCAAGUUCAGCGUCGGAGAUCUGGUCAUCCUCUCCGCAGCCGCCUGUCACGGCCAUCCCGCCUACUGCGUCCAGCACUCCGCUCUCACCUCCCAAGCCAACACGCCUACUUUCGUGCUCGCGUCAAACAAGUCGAAAGUCAUCGGCGGGGGGUUCUUCGGACAAUUGAGCUUCGCGUCCCCGGCACCGGUGAAGGUGAGCUGUGCGGUCAACGUGACGAAAAUGGUCCGAGAUGCGGCGGAAUUGAGACUCUACGCUCCGCUGGGGUGUAGCAUCAUGACGGGUGCGGGAACGGUGACGCAUGUCGGGCGAGGUGAGGCGGGAGAUGUCGUCGCCGUGGUGGGGUUGGGAGGGGUCGGAUUAGCGGCUAUCGCGGCGGCGAAGCACAGAGGGGUGGGGACGAUUAUUGCGUGUGAUGUCGUGGCGAGUCGGAUUGAGUUGGCGAAAGGGUUUGGGUCGACGGCGGGGUUGGAUACUUCUCAGGAAGGACUGGGUGGCAAGUCGUUGAGUGAGGCAUUGAAAGGCGUGACUCAAGAUGGGUUGGGGUGUACGCAUAUUCUUGACACGACGCCGAGUGUUGUUGUGCUGGAGCAGUGUUUGGAAGCGGUGAGGAACAAUGGGACGGUGUUUCAAGUGGGUGUGAAGCCCGUGGGUGCGAAGCUGGAAUUGGAUUUGUUGCCGCAUAUGGUCCAUGGAAGGAAGUUGGUGGGUGUGAUUGAGGGCGAUCGAGAUCCAAUAGAGGCGUUGCCGGAGCUGUUGCAGUGGUGUAAAGAUGGCACGCUGCCAGUGGAGAAGAUGGUGACGGAGUUUAAAGUUGAGGAGUUCGAGAAGGCGAGGAAGGUGAUGGAGGAUGGGAGUGUUGUGAAGAGCGUUUUGGUGUGGUAA